ACUCUCAGAUAGUGUCAUAGUGACCUUUGAAACUUUCAGUAGAGUGAGAGACUGUGAGACACCUCAACACAAGAUAAGAUUCAACCACACCCCUUCUCUCUACCACCCCCCAGAUUUCAGAGAUGGCAUCGGUGCAUAGUGCCUUGACAUCAGUUGUGUGCAAGAAUGGCAAUCAUUCUUCCCCUGCAAAGUUCCCGAGCACUUCCUUCUUGUCUGGCUUUGAUGCUGUGGGGCGUCUUUCAAGCCCAUUCAAGAAGGAGAUAUGUCUGAGUUCCAUCAGCUCAGGUCCUAAGGCUACUUUAACUUUUGAUCCCCCAGCAACCAAUUCUGAGAAAGCCAAGUUACCCAACCUACCGAGGCAUACACUCGAUCCUGCUUCUCCUGAUUUCCUGCCUCUUCCAUCAUUCGAAGAGUGUUUUCCAAAGAGCACAAAAGAACAAAGGGAAGUUAUUCAUGAAGAAACUGGUCAUGUGCUCAAAGUUCCCUUUCGACGAGUUCACCUGUCUGGAGAUGAACCAGCCUUUGAUAACUAUGAUACCAGUGGUCCACAAAACAUCAACCCUCGUGUUGGGCUCCCUCAACUAAGGAAGGAUUGGAUUGACAGGCGAGAGAAAUUAGGUACACCAAGAUACACCCAGAUGUACUAUGCUAAGCAGGGAAUUAUCACCGAGGAAAUGUUAUAUUGUGCCACCCGUGAGAAGCUCGAUCCAGAGUUUGUGAGAUCAGAAGUGGCUCGUGGGAGGGCAAUUAUCCCUUCCAAUAAGAAGCACUUGGAGCUGGAGCCAAUGAUUGUUGGGAGAAAGUUUCUGGUCAAAGUUAAUGCAAACAUAGGAAACUCUGCUGUUGCCAGCUCUAUCGAAGAGGAAGUUUAUAAGGUCCAAUGGGCAACUAUGUGGGGUGCUGACACUGUUAUGGACCUCUCUACGGGUCGCCAUAUUCAUGAGACGCGUGAGUGGAUCUUACGUAACUCUGCUGUACCAGUAGGGACUGUACCCAUCUAUCAAGCACUAGAAAAGGUAGAUGGAAUAGCAGAAAAUCUUAACUGGGAAGUGUUCAGACAAACUCUGAUUGAACAAGCUGAGCAGGGUGUAGAUUACUUCACCAUCCAUGCUGGGGUUCUUCUACGGUACAUCCCUCUAACAGCAAAGCGUAUGACAGGAAUUGUCUCGCGAGGUGGAUCCAUUCAUGCAAAGUGGUGCUUAGCUUAUCAUAAAGAGAAUUUUGCUUAUGAGCACUGGGAUGACAUACUUGACAUCUGCAACCAAUAUGAUGUGGCCCUGUCAAUAGGUGAUGGGCUUAGACCUGGUUCCAUUUAUGAUGCCAAUGAUACUGCACAGUUUGCGGAGCUCUUAACUCAGGGAGAAUUGACCCGCAGGGCAUGGGAAAAGGAUGUACAGGUAAUGAAUGAAGGACCUGGACAUGUUCCAAUGCACAAGAUUCCUGAGAACAUGACAAAGCAGCUGGAAUGGUGUAAUGAAGCACCUUUCUACACUCUUGGUCCUUUGACAACUGAUAUUGCUCCUGGAUACGAUCACAUCACCUCUGCCAUUGGUGCUGCCAAUAUUGGUGCUCUAGGCACAGCCCUUCUUUGCUAUGUAACCCCUAAAGAGCAUCUUGGAUUGCCCAAUCGAGAUGAUGUGAAGGCUGGAGUUAUAGCAUACAAGAUAGCUGCUCAUGCUGCUGAUCUAGCCAAAGGUCAUCCCCAUGCUCAAGAGUGGGAUGACGCACUGAGCAAGGCAAGAUUCGAGUUCCGGUGGAUGGAUCAGUUUGCUUUGUCUCUAGACCCUAUGACUGCCAUGUCCUUCCAUGAUGAAACUCUGCCUGCAGAAGGUGCCAAGGUGGCUCACUUUUGCUCAAUGUGUGGACCAAAGUUCUGUUCUAUGAAGAUAACAGAGGAUGUUAGGAAGUAUGCUGAGGAGCAUGGUUAUGGAACUGCAGAAGAAGCUGUGAAGCGUGGUAUGGAUGCCAUGAGUGCUGAGUUUCUUGCUGCCAAGAAAACCGUUAGUGGAGAACAACAUGGUGAAAUUGGUGGAGAAAUUUACUUGCCAGAAAGUUAUGUAAAAUCCGCAGAGAGGUGAAGGGGUGCCUGUAUCUGCUCGAGCACUGCCUCUUUGGUUGGGAUUCGAGCAGCUCAGGCUGAGAUAGUCCCUUUGAACCUGAACAGGUUAAUGCCUGCGUAGGGAGUGUGCAUUUCUUUUUCCUGUCUAUCACAGGGAGAAAGAGCUUUCGAUCAUGGCUUGGGCUAGCAGAUGAGUCACGUACAUGGCCGGGAG